AGCAACCCGCAGGUGCUGUGUCUUUCGAAAGGUGUAGUUGUGCUGUCCCGCUCGUUGAAGACGUCUCGUUCUGCUUGUUUUACAUUUCCUCUGGUAGUCUAUUGACAAUUCUCGGGUGUUCAAGUUGGUCCAGGUCCGACGGCUCUGAGCUGACGCGCGGAUUCGGCAUAGUGCUCUAAACUAGUAUCUUUGACGUUGCUCUGCUCUGACUAGCAAGACUCCGACCCCAACACACAGCGACAUGGCUACAGUCAAACUUGCUACCCUUGUUAUUCGAACACUUGCGAAGCCCAUCUCCGCACAAAUAAAGAACCAGGCAAAGCAGCACGAAACUUUCCGUUCGAUAUGUAUUUCCCUUGCUCAGAGGAUGCAUGUGGGCGAAAUUAAGCUGAGGACGAAUAUCCUCGGUGAACCGGCCAGGCAACAUGUCAAGCCAUUAUCAGAAACGAGAGCAAUCGAAAAUGGUGCCAACGCAUUAGCAGAAGGUUUCUUGUUUUCAGUCGCUGCACUGUUAAUAAUAGGCGAAACAUGGCGAUCGUCUCGAAGUCAGUCCAAACAGCGAGGCGACGUUAACGAACGAAUUGAGGAGCUCUCUGCGAACGUUGCAUCACUCACAGAGCGUCUGGAGAGAAUCCAGGAAAGCUUGGGGGAUGUCGAAUCAGAACGUGAACGGAAUAAUGAGCUAGCGAGAAUCGUCGAGCGGGUGGUGGAGAUCGGGCUCCGAGGCGGAUGGGCAGAGUUUGAAGAUACGCCAUUAAAAGUCCCCAGGGUGGAGCUUGCGCCGACCACGUCGAGGGUAUCACCUUGACAUAGACUGCGCACCGUGUCUCUGCAUAGUCCUCGCCAUACCUCUGCUAUCUACACCCGAAAUAAUUAAUGUCAUGCAGCUCCUCUCUAAAAUAUCUGACGCAGGAUAAGGACUUGCUGCAGUACAUGGCGAUAUCAGUUCAAUGCAGGC